UCGCUUCUUUUUUGGGUUGCACGGUGCUAUAUAUUUGUCAAGCAUGAGAAACGUAUAGCUGAAGUUUGUCAUAUUUCUCAGUUCACUUUCCUUCUCCUUCACCACCUCUUCAAAUCUCUCUCUAGCUAGCCAAUCUCCAUCACCUUUAAUCCCUCUCUCACUUCCACCAAUAAUUAUCCAUCACAUUUCACCUAAUAAGCAAUAACAAUGCUGUGACGUGAUGAUAUGAUCCAAUACUCAAUUCCAACACCACAACCGGAGCUUCUUCAAGUUCCGGUCUGAAACAAUGCCGUCCUUUCCCCCCAAAUCACUCUUCAACGCACGUCAAACCAUUUCAUCCCGCACAUCCUCAUUACUCGUCCUCGCCUCACUCCUCUUCUUCGGAAUCAUUCUUUUUCUCACACCGUCUCGAAACGGUCGCUGCUUAAAUAGAAACCCUAGAUCCGUUCGUGUGCUAUGGGAUCACGGCACCGCGGUCACCGGUGGCCGAAAUGCGGUUGUUGAUGAUAGGCAUAAGGUUAUGGCCUUUGUUGGAAUUCAGACCGGGUUUGGAUCCGUUGGUAGACGUCAGUCUCUGAGGAAGACCUGGUUUCCUUCAGAUCCUGAUGGACUUCAACGCUUGGAAGAAGCCACUGGUAUGGCGUUUAGGUUUGUUAUUGGUAGAACAAAUGAUAGGUGGAAGAUGUCCGCGCUUAAGAGAGAAAUAGCUGAAUAUGAUGAUUUUAUUCAAUUGGAUAUUGAAGAGGAGUACAGUAAGCUCCCAUACAAAACGUUGGCUUUCUUUAAAGCUGCUUAUGCUCUUUUCAAAGCUGAGUUUUAUGUCAAAGCUGAUGAUGACAUAUAUUUAAGGCCAGAUCGUCUUUCAUUACUACUUGUAAAAGAGAGAUCUCAUUCCCAGACCUACAUAGGAUGCAUGAAAAAGGGGCCCGUUUUCACUGAUCCGAAACUCAAAUGGUAUGAGCCGCUAUCUAAUUUGCUUGGAAAGGAGUAUUUUCUUCAUGCUUAUGGUCCUAUUUAUGCUCUUUCUGCUGAUGUUGUAUCAAGCUUGGUUGCCCUUAGGAAUAACAGUUUUCGGAUGUUCAGCAAUGAGGAUGUUACCAUUGGAGCUUGGAUGCUUGCAAUGAAUGUCAAACAUGAGAAUAUUCACGAGCUUUGUGCUCCAGCGUGUACAUCAACAUCAAUUGCUGUGUGGGAUAUUCCAAAGUGUUCAGGCCUCUGUAAUCCAGAACAGAGAAUGUUGGAACUUCAUCAAAUGGACAGCUGCAUUCAGACUCCAACUAGAGAAUCUGAUGAUUAGUAUAUGUAUUCGUCAAGCGAAGCAAAGCAAGCUAAAGAAGGUAGCUGAGGAACCCUUUUUGUCUAUACAUUUUCUUCCUAAUUCAUAUAUCUUCAUGUCAAAAAGAACUUUGAUCUUUGUGUUAUUUUUUCUGUAAUUUUUUCUUACCUUUUUUAGGAAAGCUUUAUGUAAAGCAUAAGAAAAUACACAUAAUUAAGGAUGAUGAUAUAAAGCUUUGCACAGUUUUGAGUUGAAUUUUGAUUGUAAAUUUUAUACAUACAUAAUUAAAAAAACUUGAAAAUAA